AUGAAGAAUUCUCCUGUAGAGUCAACGUCAUCAUCGUCGUCUCCAGCUGAUAAUCUUCUUCUGGAAGACUUCGGGCAGAAGGUGGAUCUGACCCGCAGAAUUCGCGAGGUUUUGUUGAAUUACCCGGAGGGAACGACGGUGUUGAAGGAACUUAUACAGAACGCCGACGAUGCCGGAGCUACUAAGGUCUCUUUGUGCCUCGAUCGCCGUUCGCACGGCACCCAAUCCUUGCUCUCGGAUAAGCUUGCGCAGUGGCAGGGCCCUGCAUUGCUUGCUUACAACGACGCCGUUUUCUCCGAGGAUGAUUUUGUUAGUAUUUCCAGGAUUGGGGGGAGUUCUAAACAUGGACAGGCUUGGAAAACUGGUCGCUUUGGGGUUGGCUUCAAUUCGGUGUACCAUCUCACUGACUUGCCCUCUUUUAUAAGUGGCAAAUAUGUGGUAAUAUUUGAUCCUCAAGGAGUUUACCUCCCAAAUAUCUCCGCUGCAAAUCCUGGAAAGAGAAUUGAGUUUGUUAGUUCUUCAGCCAUCUUCAUGUACAAAGACCAGUUUUCUCCAUAUUGUGGUUAUGGUUGCGAUAUGAAAAACCCUUUCCAUGGAACUUUUUUUCGUUUCCCUUUGAGAAAUGCUGAUCAGGCAGCCAAUAGUAAGCUCUCCAAGCAAUCAUACAGUGAAGAUGACAUCAGUUUGAUGUUUGAUCAACUAUAUGAGGAAGGAGUCUUCUCACUACUUUUUCUUAAAAGUAUACUGUCAAUAGAAAUGUGUGUUUGGGAUGAUGACAUGCCUGAGCCUAGGAAGAUAUAUUCUUGCUCCGUCAACUCAGUGACAAAAGAUAUAAUUUGGCACCGCCAGGCACUACUGAGACUGUCAAAUCCAACAGACUCCCACGACUCUCAAAUGGAUGCAUUUUCACUGGAGUUCUUAAGUGAGGCAAUGGGGGGGAAUCAUUCUGACAAGAGAACUGACACUUACCAUAUAGUGCAAACAAUGGCAUCAACAUCCAGUAGGAUAGGUUCUUUUGCUGCAACUGCAGCAAAGGAUUUUGACAUUCACCUGUUGCCUUGGGCAUCUGUUGCUGCAUGUGUUUCAGAUGAUUCAUCUAAUGAUAAUGUUUCUAAAGUGGGCCAGGCAUUCUGUUUCCUCCCUUUACCUGUCAAAACUGGAUUAAAUGUGCAAAUUAAUGGAUACUUUGAGGUGUCGUCUAAUCGUCGUGGGAUUUGGUAUGGAGCUGACAUGGACAGGUCUGGGAGAAUACGUUCGGUCUGGAAUAGGCUUCUCUUAGAGGAUGUUAUAGCUCCUACUUUUUCUUAUUUAUUGCUUGGUGUGCGGCACUUACUUGGGCCAACAAACUCGUAUUACUCAUUGUGGCCAACUGGUUCUUUCCAAGAGCCAUGGAAUAUUUUAGUUGAGUGCAUUUAUAGAAGUAUCAGUGACUCUCCUGUGAUGUACUCAGAGGUUCAAGGAGGGACAUGGAUUUCACCAGCUGGAGCUUUUCUUCAUGAUGUGGAAUUUUCAAGUAAAAGUAAGCAAAUCAGCGAGGCUCUUGUACAGCUAGGAAUGCCUGUGGUUCAGUUGCCAAAUAGCCUAUUCAAUAUGUUCUUAAAUUCUGCUUCUGGCGUACAGCAUAGAGUGGUUACUCCUGAUUCAGUACGCAACUUUCUUAGAGGUAGAAGUUCUACAAGUGUAAUCGACAGAUCCUCUAACCUUAUGUUGUUGGAGUAUUGCCUUGAGGACCUGGUUGAUGAUGAUGUUGGUAAACAUGCACUAAACUUGCCUCUGCUUCCUUUGGCAAAUGGUGACUUUGGAUCAUUGUCCGAAGCUUCAAAGGGUAUCUCUUACUUUAUUUGCAAUGACUUGGAACAUUUGCUGCUUCAACAAAUCUCAGAAAGAUUGAUUGAUAAGAAUAUCCCUCCCAACAUAUUGAGCAGAUUGUUAGCUAUUGCAAGGGUUUCUGGAGCAAAUAUAAAAGUAUUCAAUCUGAAUGAGUUUCUUUUAUUAUUUUGUAAAUUUGUGCCUGCUGGAUGGAAAUAUCAAAUGGAAGUCCAUUGGGAUCCAAGUACAAACUCCAAUCAUCCAGCUACAUCAUGGUUUGUGCUGUUGUGGCGCUAUCUUAAGGAUCAAUGUGAAAAGUUGUCCUUAUUUGGUGAGUGGCCAAUCUUGCCAUCACUUUCUGGGCAUUUGUAUCGACCAUGUAGGGAGAUAAAAUUAUUGUGUGUAGACAAAUUGUCUGAGAAGAUGCAAAAUCUCCUCGUUAAGAUAGGAUGUAAGAUACUAAACAGCAAUUAUGGCAUUGAUCAUCCUGAUUUAUUUCACUAUAUGUAUGAUGCUGAUGGAGUUGGUGUUUUGAAGUCUAUAUUUGAUGUGUUUACUUCAAGUGACAGCAUUGAACAAGUAUUCCUCCAGUGUUUGACAGCAGAAGAGAGAGAUGAACUACGCCAUUUUCUUCUGGAUCCAAAAUGGUACAUUGGUAACUUUAUGGAUGAUUCUGACAUAUUGGAUUGCAAGAGGUUGCCUAUAUACAGUAUGCAUGGUCAAGGAUCCACUGAAAAUCUUCAGUAUUCAAACCUGCUGAAUCCUCAAAAGUACUUGCCCCCUUUGGAUUGUCCUGAGAACCUCCUUUCUAAUGAAUUUGUCUCUAGUUUGUCAAGUACCGAAGAGGAGGUGCUGAAUAGAUAUCAUGGUAUUCAAAGAAUGAGCAAGGCACAGUUUUAUAGCCAACACGUGCUAAACAGGGUAAGGGAGUUGGAAACUGAUGUGCGUGACAGCAUUAUGCUUUCAAUUCUCAAACAGCUGCCUCAAUUGGGUGUAGAAGAUGCAUCUUUUAGGGAACAUCUUAGCAAUUUGGAAUUCCUUCCUACAUCUAUUGGUUCUUUGCGAAGUCCAUCCGUGUUGUAUGAUCCCAGGAAUGAAGAGUUAUAUGCUUUAUUGGAUGACUCUGAGAGCUUUCCAUGUGGUGUUUUUCAGGAAUCAGAUGUUUUAGAUAUGCUGCAAAGUUUGGGUCUUAAGACAACUAUUUCUACUGAGACGAUAUUACGAAGUGCUAGGCAAAUUGAACGGUCAAUGCAUAGCAGUCCACAAAGUGCUCAUUCAAAAGGUAAAGUGCUUCUUUCAUAUCUAGAAGUGCAUGCCAUGAAAUGGUUACCUGAGUCGACCAAGAAUGACCAACGAACCGUAAAUAGAAUUUUGUCAAGAGCUACAAGUGCAUUUAAACAUCGUCAUGCCACAUCUGACUUUGAAAAAUUCUGGAAUGAUCUCCGAAUGAUUUGCUGGUGCCCAGUUCUUGUCUCUUCUCCAUAUCAGUCUUUACCAUGGCCUGCUGUCUCAUCUAUGGUUGCCCCUCCUAAGCUUGUAAGGCUUUACUCAGAUUUGUGGCUUGUUUCUGCUAGCAUGCGGAUAUUGGAUGGAGAGUGCUCUUCCUCAGCAUUAUCACAAUAUCUUGGUUGGUCUUCUCCACCUGGGGGAAGUGUAAUUGCUGCACAAUUGCUUGAGCUUGGGAAAAAUAAUGAACUUGUUACUGAUCUGGUGCUUCGGCAGGAAUUGGCCUUGGCAAUGCCUAGAAUAUCCUCAAUAUUAAGUGGCAUGAUUGGUUCAGAGGAAAUGGACAUUGUAAAGGCUAUUCUAGAAGGUAGCCGAUGGGUUUGGGUUGGAGAUGGCUUUGCGACCUUGGAUGAGGUUGUGCUUGAUGGUCCUCUUCAUUUGGCUCCUUAUAUACGAAUAAUUCCUUGUGACUUGGCUGUUUUCAGGGACCUAUUUUUGGAGCUUGGCAUUCGAGAAUUCUUGAACCCCAGUGAUUAUGCUCAUAUUUUGUUUAGGAUGGCCACUAGGAAGGAGUCCUCCCCUCUUGAUCCCCAGGAGAUAAGGGCUGCCAUUCUCAUAGCGCAACAUCUGGCUGAUAGUCAGUCUUAUGAUGAUCAUAUUAAGAUCUAUCUUCCGGAUAUGUCAUGCAGACUUUUUAAUGCUGCAGAUUUGGUCUAUAAUGAUGCUCCAUGGUUACUGGACUCAGAGGAUUCUGAGAGAUCUAUGGGUAACACAACAAAUAUGUCUUUACAUGUAAAACAAAUUGUUCAAAAGUUUGUGCAUAGGAGCAUAUCUAAUGAUGUAGCAGAGAGGCUUGGUGUGCGCUCUCUUCGGAGAAUGGUGCUUGCAGAGAGUGCUGACUCUAUGAAUUUGAGUUUGUCUGGUGCUGCUGAAGCAUUCGGGCAGCAUGAAGCGCUAACAACCAGGCUUAGACAUAUACUGGAAAUGUAUGCUGAUGGGCCUGGUAUUUUGUUUGAGCUGGUUCAGAAUGCAGAAGAUGCAAGAGCUUCCCAAGUGACUUUUUUGUUGGAUAAAACUCAAUAUGCAACUUCAUCUGUUCUUUCUCCUGAAAUGGCUGAUUGGCAGGGCCCUGCUUUGUAUUGUUUCAAUGACUCUGUUUUCAGUCCUCAAGAUUUGUAUGCAAUUUCACGUAUUGGUCAAGAGAGUAAGCUGGAGAAGCCAUUUGCAAUUGGAAGGUUUGGACUUGGAUUUAAUUGCGUUUAUCACUUUACAGAUGUUCCAUCUUUUGUUUCAGGGGAAAAUAUUGUCAUGUUUGAUCCUCAUGCCUGUAAUUUACCUGGAAUUUCUCCUUCGCACCCUGGGCUGCGGAUUAAGUUUGUUGGUAGAAGGGUUUUGGAACAAUUUCCUGAUCAAUUUUCUCCAUUUCUACAUUUUGGUUGUGAUUUGAAGCAAUCAUUUCCCGGCACUCUGUUCCGCUUUCCUCUGAGGAGUGCUACCAUGGCUUCCAGAAGCCAAAUAAAGAAAGAAGACUACACGCCAAAUGAUGUAUUGUCGCUCUUUUCUUCUUUCUCAGAAGUUGUUUCUGAGACUUUGGUUUUUCUACGCAAUGUGAAGACAAUAUCCAUUUUUGUCAGAGAAGGGUCUGGUACUGAAAUGCAAUUACUGCAUUGUGUUCGCAAGCAUCAUGUGAGUGAGUCUGACGCUGAAAGCAGUCAAAUUUUUAAUGUUAUGUAUGGAAAUCAGCAAAACUUAUUUGAUAGAGGUCAGUUCCUUGACAAAUUGAGCAAGUCCAUAGGAGCUGAGUUGCCAUGGAAGUAUCAGAAGAUUGUCAUUUCAGAACAGAGCACAUCUUCUCGAAAGUCACAUUUGUGGCUAACUUGUGAAUGCUUGGCUAGUAUUCAUGGAAAUAAUAACUCUUCAACCUCUGAUAUGAAGUUUCAUAAGUAUGUUCCCUGGGCUUGUGUUGCUUCUCAUUUGAAAAGUGUAAACAUUGAGAGAGAGUUGAGUGAAAAUGCCAUAGAUCCUGGUGAGAUUUUUCACAUUACUCCUGACUUAAUUCAGGUACCAAUAAGUACAACACAGGACAGAAAAAUUUUUGAUGGUCGUGCCUUCUGUUUCUUGCCACUUCCAAUAAAUACUGGUCUUCCUGUGCAUGUCAAUGCAUAUUUUGAAUUGUCUUCAAAUAGAAGGGACAUAUGGUUUGGAAAUGACAUGGCAGGGGGUGGAAAGAAACGGUCUGAUUGGAACAUGCAUCUCCUUGAAGAUGUGGCGGCCCCAGCUUAUGGUCGGUUACUUGAAAUAGUUGCACAAGAAAUUGGCCCUUGUGAUUUGUAUUUUUCAUUUUGGCCAACAGCGGUAGGAGUUGAACCUUGGGGACUACUGGUCCGGCGGCUUUAUGACUUUAUUUCAGAAUUUGAACUUCGUGUAUUAUAUACAAGGGCCAGGGCCAGAGGGGGGCAAUGGAUCACAACAAAGCAAGCUAUUUUUCCUGAUUAUUCUUUUGAGAAAGCAAGUGAACUUGUGGAUGUCUUGUCAGAUGCUGGAUUACCUGUGGUAAUGAUGCCUAAGGUACUCGUCGAGAAAUUUAUGGAGAUCUCCUCAUCUUUGCAUUUUCUUACACCCCAAUUACUGCGGAGAUUGUUAAUUCGGAGGAAACGUGAAUUCAGGGAUAGAAGUGCAAUGACCUUGGCCCUUGAAUACUGCUUGCUGGAUCUUAAAUCCCCCAUUCAAUCUGAUGAUUUCUAUGGUCUACCACUAAUACCUCUUUCUGAUGGGUCAUUUACAAAAUUAGAGAAGAGGGGACUAAGUGAACGAAUUUUCUUUGCACAAGGUGCUGGGUAUGACCUUCUGAAGGAUUCAGUGCCUCAUCAACUUGUUGACUGCAACAUUCCUGAUUUCCUCCAUAAGAAGUUCUGUGAUAUAGCUGAGAGCGAGGAUUUUAAUAUUUCUUUUUUGACAUGCCCGUUGCUUGAGAAACUAUUUCUGAGAUUACUUCCUGCAGAUUGGCAGCAUGCUAGACAGGUGAUUUGGAUUCCUGGAUCUGAAGGUCAUCCUAGCCUGCAAUGGAUGGGCCAUCUAUGGAACUAUCUGAAGUCA